CCAAAUUGUUACUUAUCCGGUAAUUGAAAAUUGAAACGAUCGAUUCUUCUCUUGCUUUAUUUCUCCCCAGGCCUUUCAUUUCAAGAUUCUUCAAGAUAUCCAUAUUUAUCAUGUUCAUGACCCGUGUUUACUCCUUUGAGCUCUAUUUUCUCAUAGCUGCUUUGGCUCUUGGAAAACCGCGCGGUUGGCCGAUACCCAAAACUCAUCAGAACCGUUUCCUCAUGUCCAACGAUACAGAGUCUCCCGAACUUCCUUCAUUCAAUCACAAUACCCAAUUCGUACGAACACAACCCCCCAAUCCUGCCUAUAAAUUUGGAGAUCGUGUCAGCCAGUCCGAAGAGGGCAAGAAAUGGAUGGAGGGAGAGAAGCUGGGAUGGAAAACGUUUGAUUCGAAAGAGAACUCGAGAGAACUUUACCAGCUUCUCCUGAGCGGCAUAUGUCCCCGACCUGUUGCUUUCGUGUCUUCGGUAUCUGAAACUGGCGUUGAGAACCUUGCACCUUUCAGUUAUUUUAACACUGUGUCAGCACAUCCCCCCACUAUAUCGAUUUCCAUCAAUGCCGGUAUUGGCGAAAAGGAUUCUUCUCGAAACAUAAAGGCCACAAAAGGGUUCACCGUGAACAUCAUAAGCGAGCCCUGGAUUCAACAGGCUAACGCAGCUUGUAUCAACAGCCCCAGGGACGUAUCAGAGUGGGUUAUCGCUGGCCUAACCAAGGAACCUAGUACCCUCGUCAGGGCUCCCCGAGUGAAGGAAAGUGCAUUCAGCAUGGAGUGUGAGGUAUUGACCCCUCCUCGUUUUUUUCCUUCUCGUUUAAGAUAACGCUCUGAUUUGGGUGUCGAGCUGUUGCAAGUCGUAGAUCUCAUACCUGAAGAUACACCUGGCGUUCCGUCCAGCUACUUGAUCCUGGGAACUGUAAAGUUGGUCCACGUCCGUAAGGACGUUCUCAACCCAGACCGUAACGUCGCAGAUCCCGACAAGCUCAAACCCAUCGCCAGAAUCGGGGAUAUUUCUUACACCAGGGUUACCGAAGCGUUCCGUUUACCGAGAUUUGACUGGCAGAAGGAACAACCUAAUCUUCAGCACGUGUUGAAUACCUCG